AAUGCUCUGGGGAAAAAACAGUAUAGUACUUGCUGAUACUCAGUUGUUUCUCCUCCUUGCCUAAUAUGCAUGCUGUAGUAAAAGCUUGUACGCAGGACAAGAAGCCUUUGACGGGUUGUAUUAAUUAUGUUUAUUAACGAUAAUAAAUCUCAUCAGGUGCAGCGUGCAGGCUUACCAAACUCUGCAAUCCUGCAGUGACACAAACAAAAACUUCUACCCAGUUCUAGUGUACUGUUUGCAAGGGUACAUACUGGCUAGGGAUUAUGGGAAUUGUAAUCAUCCAGAUCGAAAGAGCGUCGGUUGUUGGGAGUCGGUCGGCAUAAAAGUUCAAGAAGGAAGGAAGGAAGGAAGAUGGUGCCAUGGAUCGGCUAACUCCGCACAAAUGCUGAGAACGGACCAGCCCUUCUCCCGCGGGUCCUUCUCCCUUCCUACGAAAGCCAGUAAGCCGAACACGUCCACGCGUCCUACGGAUCUGCCUCAUCGCACGACUUCCUAGCUCGGCCCGUGUAUCCAUUUAUGACGUUCUACCUGUCUUUGUAUGGGUUUAUUUGUAAAGGCGAAGAGGCAGGCACCGAAUCGCAAGUUUACAUUUUUAAAAAUGGGCUUUUCUCACCCUCCCCAGGCCUCCUUGCACAGGCAUUUCAUUUGUUGUGAACAAAGGUAAUGCGGCUUUCUGGGAUGGGAAAGCGAGCGAGCGAGCAAGCAAACAAAAAGACUAUCCAUUGCAGGAAUGAAAAGCCCAUCUUGCAACGUGUCGUGAGCGCUGUCCUUGCUUUCGCUUGAUUUUGCACAAGCCCGGCUUCUCUGCGCUUACGCGAGCAAGGAAGCGUACCAAGGUUUGCUAUUUCUUCACGUGGUGCAGAACUGGGGGUGCGGAAGGGUGGGAAAGAUAAGAGGACGGGAAAUUUCGGCUCGGCCCUUCUUUUGCGGAAUGACCUUCCAACUGAAUGAGUUGCUGCGGAGCCUCAAAGGGGAAAAGGGGAGCGAAGUAAAGUCAUGGAGGCUAGAAAUGCUCCAAGGGAGCCUCCGCCUCCGUAACGAACAGGGAUCACGCUGUACGCCAAGCGGGAGUGGGGCUCCCCAGGCUCUCCUCGGCAAGAGCCACACGGGGAGGAUGCGAGCCUCGCUGCAGCAGGAGAGGGGAAAGACCGUGACGCCAGCUGCUCUCCCCGAGCAGGGCCAGGGCUCCCCCUUCGCCGCGCGACCCCGCGCGCCUCCUCUCCGUCACCAGCGCCGGCAGUCCAGCCCGCCCGCCCGCCACCCUUCUCUCUCCCCCCUUCACCGCUGCCGCUCGUCGGCCGCGCGCGUGCGCGAGCCCCCGGCUUAGUCUUUCUCUCGACCUGCUUCUGUCUCUUUCUCUCGGUUUCGCGGAGCCUCCUCCAUCCAGCACUGGCGCCGGGCAUGGGCAGCGAGAGCGCGCGCAGGAGCAGCUCGGGCUCCGCCGCUCCCCCCUGCGCCCGCUCUUGCUCCUGCUGCUCUUCUUGCCCCGUUGCCCCCAGGGCGGCGCCUCGGCGGCGCUCCCGCCUUUUCCCACCGAGGACGGAUCAAAUUAUGACAUCAUCAUCCAAAGGCAUUUUCCGGCCAUUUCUAGUCCUCUUCAUUGUGCUUGGCUGUUUCAUGGCCUGCCUACUUAUCUAUAUCAAACCAACAAAUGGCUGGAUCUCUAGUCCUAUUGAAUCAGCCAGCUCAGUUCUAAAGAUGAAGAAUUUCUUCUCGACCAAAAGUGAUUAUAUUAAUGAAACAACCAUUCUGGUAUGGGUGUGGCCAUUUGGACAGACAUUUGAUCUAAAAUUCUGUCCCACAUUUAAUAUCCAUGGAUGCCAUCUGACAACAGACCGCACACUAUAUAACCGAUCUCAUGCAGUUCUCAUUCACCACAGAGACAUUAGCUGGGAUCUGACUAAUUUACCUCAGCAGCCUAGACCUGCAUUUCAGAAAUGGAUCUGGAUGAACCUGGAAUCUCCAACCCAUACUCCACAAAAGAGUGGGAUUGAACAUUUGUUCAAUUUGACCCUCACUUAUCGCCGUGAUUCAGAUAUUCAGGUGCCUUAUGGCUUUAUGGUAGUUAGCACAAAUUCCUUUGUGUUUGAAAUGCCGAAUAAAGAAAAACUAGUAUGUUGGGUAGUGAGUAACUGGAAUCCUGAGCAUGCUAGAGUGAAGUAUUAUAAUGAAUUGAGUAAAUAUAUUGAAAUCCAUACCUACGGACAAGCAUUUGGAGAUUAUAUCAGUGAUAAAAAUUUGAUCCCAACUAUUUCCACUUGCAAAUUUUACCUUUCCUUUGAAAAUUCUAUCCAUAAAGACUAUAUUACAGAAAAACUUUACAAUGCUCUUUUUGCUGGAUCUGUGCCAGUCGUUCUGGGUCCUCCCAGAGAAAACUAUGAGAAUUACAUCCCCGCUAAUUCAUUCAUACAUGUGGAGGAUUUUCUGUCUCCAAAGGACCUUUCGGAGUACCUUCUGAUGCUCGACAAAAACACUAAACUGUAUAUUAGCUACUUCAACUGGAGGAAGGAUUUUUCAGUGCACCUUUCUCGAUUCUGGGAAUCACAUGCAUGUCUUGCUUGUGACCAUAUAAAGAGACACCAAGAGUACAGGUCUGUUGGUAACUUAGAGAAAUGGUUUUGGAACUAAACCUUUAUCCAUUUUUUCCUGCACUUUAUAUGGGGGGGGGGGCUGUCAAAAUCACCAUCCCAAGAUGAGGAGAGGAAAAAAAAUCCCUAGUGAAGCAUUACUGUUCAUCAUCUGGCCUUUCUUCCCAAUGCAGAUCAAUAAUUCACUUAAAGCCUUGAAAUCUUAACCACUCUCCUUCCUUUCCAGAUAAAGAUUUCUUCAAAAAAUAAUAGUGAUGCUAUUGGUCAAUUUCUGUGUUUAUUUGCUUGAAGAGGUAAUCAACAUCUUUCAAACUCUUCUUGUAUUUUAUUGAGCCGUGAUUUUGAAAAGGAAUUAAAAGUGGUAAUCCAGUGUUGGAUUUCCUUCUUUAAACAAUCCAAACUCUGGUGACUUACUGUUAUAUUUUAAUCAUACAUUUACUGUCCCAUAUGGGAAACCAAAAAGUAGCAACUUUUGCAGUAUGUACUUAGGGGAGAUAUGAGAAAUAACUUGGGUGCUUUUAAAGACCAUGACACGGCUGCACAAAUUAUUCCAUCCUACGCCUCUGCCAUGGCAUCUUUUUAUAAUUUGUUGGAAAUCCUGCUAUGUUUGGCAGUGUUGACCAAGAAGUAUGCCAUUGUAUACUUUUUCUUGUUUCAUCAUUUUUGUAAUGCAUCACUGUCAAUUAUGUAAUACAAAUGUGUUUAUAUUGAUUAAAGCAGUUUUGUUCUUUCAGGGCAUCAAAAGAAAUGGGGAGGGAUGUAGGUAAUGCACAUAAAACAAUGGGAUCAAAACAUUUAUUAUGGUUUAACAAGUACAGUUUAUGAAAUAGAAUGAUACAUCCAGAUGUCCAGAAUAAUAUUUAAUACUGUUGUAUAAACUACUUUCUACAUUGUUUGUAAGUAGUCUUGUAUUACAUGUUGUCUGUGGUUGCAGAACAUCUUUGCAUUCUAUGUGGGAAGCAGGAGCAUUCACAGUGAUGGGCCCUGGCUUCCAAAUGCCAGGCAGGACUGGGUGAUCAAAGCCCCAACCCUUUUUAUGGGUGUGCACUGCCAUGCUAUGUACAUUAAAAAGAAGUGAGGCUUUGACCAUCCAGUCACACCUGCCAUUUUGAAGCCAGUGACUGCCACGGUGGAUGCUCCAAUGGGAAGAUUGCAGCUAGUUUCACAUGUUUGGUUAAUCCUUCAUCGGUUUAAAUAAUUAUGAAAAAGAACAUUACUUCAUUAUUGGCAAAGUAUUACAGUAAAUGACAUGUACUGGGGAGAAGAAAACAGUGAAAAUUAAACCUGUACCAUGAAUUUUAGGCAGUGCUGAAUAAAAGUCUUUAUCAAACUGGGUCAGAGGAAGCAAGCUAGCCGCUUGGCUGUCUAACCUAUAAAUGAAUAAGUUCUUCCAGAAUGGGGACCUCCUUUGGCCUUUGGAGUACUGGUUUCCAAAAAAAGUUAAAAAGUGAGUCAGUCCAAGACAGAAACUAAAUUUCAUUGGGUUUAUUUUUGUAUUUAAUCAAACUAAUUAAAUGCAGUUACUAUAACGACUCUGUAUGGAUUUCCCCCUUUUUCUAUUUUGUCACAUUAAAAAUUACAAUAUGGCAAUUCUGAGUUUUCACCCAACUUUUUCAGAGGUCCCAUAAGUCUUAGGUCUUAAGAGUGUGUACCAUAUAUGUAUGCUUAUGUACUUACUGGUUGUGACUCUUUAAGGCAAUGUUGCCACAACAGUGUUACUGCAGAUAGCAGUAAGUAGAAGGGGCACAAGUGUUCAAGGUUAAGAAGUUAAGCAAUGUUAUUGUCCAUAGUUCACAUUUUUUCUAAAAUGAAAACACAGAGUGUAUAUGUUUUAAGGAUGAAUACAAACAUUUCAAUAUUGAGAUUUUUUUUUUUCCUGAGCAGCAACAGCAGGCUGUAUCACCUUCAUAAAAUGAUUGCUGUUGCUGUUACUACUGCUACUGAUGAAGCUGCUAGAGGAGAAGAGUUUAGGCAGUAAUCCAGAGAUUGAUUAUCAGCUUCAUCAGUAUUGCCAAUAUUCAGUAGAAGUUUGUUAGUGCAUAUUCGGUUUGGGAGCUGAUGACAGAUGAGGAGCUUGCCACCAUCUCUACUUACAGCAGGGCUGAGCAGGACUUUCUCUUCUAAUUAUGGUAUCUUUCAGUGGGCUAUAGAACAUUUUAACUUGUUUUACUAGUGCAGUACAGUCUGCAGAAUGGUAGGCAGAAAACCAUCAUGUUCAGUGCUUUACAGCAAUGAUUUUAGGUUGAAGAUAGAUAUUUUAAGAAUAUAUUUGGGAAGAUGCAUUCAAGGAAGAUGAUUUCAAAAGGUUAUUCAUUGACUUAGCAGUUUGUGGCUUAAUCUCAUGUCCUUUUCUGGAGGUAUUAAUUGGGGUUUUGUUUAGCAUUACAUAAAUAUAUAAGUAAUUUUUUAGACAAUGCAAGCUGAUAAUAUGGAGGAGUCUUUAUUUAGAGUCUUUUCUUCCAUAUGGUUUUAUUGGCAUCAAAAGAGGAGGACUUAACAGCUUAAAGAUAUUUCAGAAAUGACUUUUUGGCUACUAGAAUAAACUUCUGGUAUAAAAAUAAAACACUAGACAGUUACGUUUACUUUUAGGAGUGUUGCUUGGAAAUGAUUUGUUGUGAUGCCACAGUGAAUAAGUGUGCAUAUUUUAAAUCUCCCAUAAAUCCAAGAAACUGAGGAAAUAGAGUAAGAACAGUUAGCCUCAAACUAUAGAAAACAGAUUUUGUGUGGUGGUGGUGUGUAUAUGUGUACACACACGUGAAUUUUUGACAUGCAGUUUUCUGGACUGCCAAGUUUCAGUCUGUGAAACCAGCAUGUUAAACUCAAAAAUAAACAUUUACUGUAGUUCAGUUUUUUUCCAGAAAAAAAUAGUUGUUGAGAUAAAAUGUAUAAUUCAUCUUCUAUCAAAACUUCUGCCUUCAUGGCAGAAGGAGAUGGGGUAUGUCUGAUGGUCUCAGUCCCCUUUUACUUACUUGUCCCUCUCAUACACGCAUGAGGAGAAUAUUUCUCCUGUUGGCUGGAGCUCUAGUGAUAGGGAAAACUAGCAAGUCUGUCAUGCAGGAAACAGAAGGAUGUAGAUAAGGCUUUCUUCUAUGGACAGGUUUCCCACCAAAUGAAAGCUAGAACAGUGGCAACAAAGUGCCAGAGUGGAAGGCAUUUGUGUUCAUUCUGCAUUCAUUCAAAUGUAUUUUCAUCAGAAGAUCUGUAAUAGCAAAUUCAUUUCUUCACAAAUUUGCUUCAUUUUCCCUUUUCCUCAGUCCAGUAACGUAAGUAAACGUAUAUAAAUACUUUAUAAUCAUCUAGCCCAUGGUUGCAAAAUUAAAAUACUCUGGUUUCUUCAGUGUUACAGUAUAUAAUGCCCUAAUGAACAUUUGUUAUUUGAAAUUAAUUAUCCAAGUUUCAUAGUAUAUUCAUAAUUGAAUUCUGUGCUAAUUCAUUGUAUGUCAGUUGUUUCUUCGUGUCUGAACUCUGGACUUUCAAAAUGUUUGUUCAACAAAAUAUUUUGAUAAAUGGAUGUGGAAUGUUAAUCUUUUCCAUUUUUUAAAGAAGAUGUUCAACAAGUUAUAAAUGUAAGAAGUGUUUCUUUCAGUGGAAGAAAAAAAUCUAGGUUCGCUUUCCAGAAUGAGACGUUCCUUUUAUACCAGUUCUAGACAGACAUCAUAAAACACAUAGAAACUCAUUGAGAACACAUGGAAACUCAUUCAGGCUAGUGGCCUCAGAUACAUGAAAUACAUCAUUUAAGAACAAAAGGCAUAAAAUUAGAAUGAAAACUGAAAGUCAAACUUCCUUAAGAAUAUGUUUAUUUUUUCAUAUAUUUAUGUCACAUAUGUAAAAUGUAAUGAGUUGUCAUUUUUAAAGAAUGUUCUCUUAUAGGAAACUGUGAAUCCCUUAGGUUCACCAGCAGUUGUAUUAGAAACUAAAAGACAAAACUUUGAAUAUGCAUAUAUGUGACAGAAUGAAAUCUUAACUUUUGAAAAAUAUUUGUAUUUGAGGGUGAAAGUUGUCCAAAUAGAAUGACACUGCUUUCUGGUGUCGUGGGAGAGGAAGGGAUCCCUGAAGUUGUUACGAAUUUCAUCUCCAGUUCAUAUAUAUUUGUGCCAUAUAUUUCAGCAUUUCCAGUAUCUCCCGGAACUCAGAACUGGGUUUAGUAAGCAGGAGAUGCUGGAGGUUCCAAGGUCCAAUCCUCCCUCUGCGUGUUUGUGUGCGCACGUUUGUGUUUGUAUGAGGAACUGUUUGGAUGCCAUUUGGGAAGGGGGGUGGGCAAAGCACUAUCAUGCAAAACAAACUCUAUUAUUUUGUGUUUGGAAUAUUAUUUUCAAAAGAGCAUAGAGUAUUGAAAUAGUUUAGAGCAAGAAUCUCAUGAGAAAAAUAAUAUUGUCAUUAUACAGUGAUAUACAGUGUCAUCUGCAGUAUGCUCUCUUUUUCACUGAUUUGCUCCUUUUGUUUCCUCAGAAUUUUAAAGUAAUUUUGUAGUUGUCUUUUGCCUCCAGAUAGGAACUUUGUGUACAACAGGCAUUUCACAGAACCUAAACAAUUAUGGAAUAGCAAAGCUCCCAUAGCCAUAUAAUUCUGGCCCAGUGAAAAUGUCAUAAGCUUUUACAGGCAGAGUCUACAAUGUUACUCUUAAUAAUUGCUGCCCCCGACUAAUGUGAAAAUGCUACCACCAUAAUACAAACACAGCUAUGAGAGAUACAGUUGUGUAAAGCACAUCUUACAUUAUUUUGCUAUUCAAUGCAUAAGUUCUUGAUAUGCCUGUAAUAGUUAAAUUUUAGGUCUUCAAGUUGUGUUCUGUGCCACGUGAAACUAUAGGAUAAAUAAUCAAUUACAAUGCUAUUUGGUGUGGCGAAAUCUGAGCAAUUUGAGGAAGAAUAAUACUGGGAAAGGAUAAAAACAAGAUACUAGUUCAUCUCUAUCAUUGUGCACUAAAGUAACAUUUCUGGAAAUUAUCUUAUACAUUAAAUUAAUGUACAGAACAGAUAAUCUUUAGAUGUUCAAAAUGGCUGUUAAUGUAUGUAUGUAAUAUGUGCAAGAAGAAAUACAUUCUUCUGUGUCAUAUAUAAAUUAAAACAUUGAUGUAUAUCUUGCUAAAACAUUACUUUACUGGACUGGAAAAUAAUUAUAAUACCAGCUCUUAAUAUGAUCCAUAACUUCCUUGUGUGGAAAAGAACUUCAGUGUACACUGAGUAUACCUAGGAGUUGCUGUCAUGGACCCCAAAUGUUGGUAAAUGCAUACUUACUGAUGGACUUUUUUUACUUUUGUAAAAGUUCAUGGAUGUAUAAUCCUAAAACAACGUGAAAUAGAAUUAGACUACUUGAGCAAAAUAGUGUCACUUGAAACUCUCCUGUAGAGAGAAAAGGUUACUGAAUUUGUUAAUGGAUACAAACCCAUUCUAUCUUUCGUUUUGUAUUUCAAAUGUAUACCUUUUGCCUAAAUAUGAAAACUCAAGUUGUCAGCUAUAACCCUUCCACCUAUAGUACUGGAUUGCUAAGUGAUGUCACUUGUAGUAAUUUCCAAUUAAAAAGAAAGACGCAAGAUUUUAUGCUGUUGUGUAUACAACAUGUAUUUCACAUAAAAUGUAUUUCAUAGGAAAACAGUAUUAUAAUUACAUGAUUUCUCAUUUUAUUGUGUUUAAUCCCCUUAAUUUUUUGACAACUAACUCAGAGUACCAUUUACAAAGAUUCAUAAAGCAGUAGGUAGCAUUGUGAUCUGAAGAAGAUAUGUAAGUUUUAUAGACUAUAAUACAAUUGAAGACAAACUGAUUCUGACAACUAUGUAGUGCAUAUAAUUUUAGUUCUUGAUAUCCAAAGGUACAGAUAAAAGUAUCUUCACUUCAUAAGAAGGCAUUUGCAAGUCCAUACUGGAUGAUCUCAUUUUUAAAACAGAUCACAGUUAAGAUUGGGGAAGUACAUAUCAUGUAUGCUAUUCAUGUACUAUUUUUUUUCCUUACUCUCUGCAUAGUGUCUUGUCACUGGGCAAGCUAGAUUUUCAAUACUUAUUGUUAUAUUCUGCAUAUUGAAAUGUAUGUCUACUCCCACUUUCUAUCACAAAACACUUCCUUUCAAAUGCAUGUACAUUAAGGAUGUAGAAUAAUAUUAAGAUUUUCCUGAAAGGAAACUGGCAUAUCUUUUUCCCUAAAAAAAGGGGGGGGGAAUCCAAGGGAAGACUGGAAGUUGCAAUUUUUAUGUCCAGUAUACAAGGGAGCAAAGGGCUUCUUCCAGUUUUGCUUAAACUUUAUAAAAACCUAUGACCUUAUGGAAGCACUGGGUCUUUUCAGGAGAACAUUUCUUCCUCUUUAGAUCAUCCUGGAAUGACUAUAUCAUAUUUUUAAAAAAUCAUCCAAAAAUUAUACUAGAACAAAAAAAUGAUGUUUUUAAAGAUUUGCACAUUCAUAAUGUACAUGAAUUUGUUUACCUCACAGCCAUCAUUAUUUUAGUAAUCCAAUCUCAUAAGAAUAUCAAAUAUAGUGAAAAGUGCUACAAUCAGUGUGGACAAUCUUAAUCAGUGCAACAUUUAAAAUGUUUCUAAUCGUUUACUUUAUACCCAGUAUGUAGUCCUAAUGAAUUCUUUCUUCCUGAGAGAAAGGAUCUUGUCAGUGAUCCAGCCAAAGUUAAUUCAUGUUAAAACUCUCUCACUGAUAUGACCAUAAUUUAAAAGUGCUUUUGUUUGAAUCAUGUUGCUAAAAAUUUCAUACCUACUUAUUUUCUUUGUUGUUGUUCAGUCGUUAAGUUGUGUCCGACUCUUCGUGACCCCAUAAACCAUAUUGUGCCAGG